UUUUUCUUUAAUUUGACCAUUUAUGACUCUUUUAUCCUUUCCAUCUCGGUUUAUUUUUUCAUUAUAAAUACAAUCUCAAAUCUCAUUCUAAUCGAUUCAUUCUUCAUUUGAGUUUCCAGUAAUCUGGGUCUUCUUGUUUUUGUCUAUUGAUACCUGGGUUGUUCUUAGAUUUUCAAAAAUUCUUUGAGAUUUUUCUUAUUUCAUUUUCAGAGAGGGGUUUUUGUUUUCGAAUUAAAAUGAAUGCAUUAGCAGCUACUAAUAGGAAUUUCAGAAGGGCUGCUAGAAUCCUUGGAUUGGAUUCUAAGCUUGAAAAGAGUCUUUUGAUUCCUUACAGAGAAAUCAAAGUGGAAUGUACAAUUCCUAAAGAUGAUGGAAGUUUGGCUACAUUUGUUGGAUUCAGGGUGCAACAUGAUAAUGCUCGUGGUCCAAUGAAAGGAGGGAUUCGUUACCAUCCUGAGGUUGAUCCAGAUGAGGUUAAUGCUCUAGCUCAACUUAUGACAUGGAAAACAGCCGUAGCAGAUAUUCCAUAUGGUGGAGCAAAGGGUGGAAUUGGUUGUUCACCAAAGGAAUUGAGUUUAAGUGAAUUGGAACGUCUUACGCGUGUUUUCACUCAAAAGAUUCAUGAUCUAAUUGGGGUUCACACGGACAUUCCUGCACCUGACAUGGGAACUAAUGCACAGACAAUGGCAUGGAUUCUGGAUGAGUACUCUAAAUUUCAUGGCUACUCUCCGGCUAUUGUUACUGGAAAGCCAAUUGACCUCGGCGGAUCACUAGGUAGAGAAGCUGCCACCGGACGAGGUGUUGUAUUUGCAACAGAGGCUUUGCUCAAUGAAUAUGGACAGACUAUUACAGAUUUGAAAUUCGCCAUCCAGGGGUUCGGUAAUGUGGGUUACUGGGCUGCAAAGCUGAUUCAUGAGCGAGGUGGUAAGGUUGUUGCCGUGAGUGACAUCACUGGUGCAGUCAAAAACCCCAAUGGCAUUGAUAUAUCCGAUUUGAUUAAGCACAAAGAGGCUACGGGUAGUUUAAAGGAUUUCCAAGGUGGAGAUUCUAUGGAUGCUAAUGAAUUGCUUGUCCAUGACUGCGAUGUUCUCAUUCCCUGUGCUCUUGGCGGUGUUCUUCACAAGGGCAAUGCUGGAGAUGUGAAGGCCAAGUACAUCAUAGAAGCGGCAAAUCACCCUACUGAUCCUGAUGCGGACGAGAUUCUAAGCAAGAAAGGAGUUAUUAUACUUCCUGACAUAUAUGCAAAUGGUGGAGGUGUGACUGUCAGCUAUUUUGAAUGGGUUCAGAACAUUCAAGGCUUCAUGUGGGAUGAAGAAAAGGUUAACAACGAGCUUCAAAAAUACAUGACAAGGUCUUUCCGGGACAUCAAGGCUAUGUGCCAGACCCACGAUUGCGAUUUCCGGAUGGGUGCCUUCACAUUAGGAGUGAAUCGGGUUGCACGUGCCACCGUCUUAAGAGGUUGGGAAGCCUGAUAAAAUCAAUAACACAAACUCAUUAUUCUACAACUCUAUUUGUAGAAGAUGAAGUAGCUAGUUUGAUUCCUGUUCUUGUUAUUCCUUUUCAUUUCUCUAUAUUCUUGUUAUUUUUAGCAUCGCUUUUUUCCAUUCUGCCCGAUAUAAUGCAAAACCAAAAUUGGGCACACCCAAGAAAAAUAUUGUAUGAUUCUUUUAAAUAAAUUUAGUGAUUUCAUUAAUUUUGAGUUUA